GUCCGCAAUGCGGAAGGCCUCCUCAUCCUCCUCCGUGAGUCGUCUGCAUCUAACCUCUCUCUCCAGAUCGCUCCUUCCCUCUCUGUCGAUCGGUGGACGAAUCAACGGAAAUGCGUCUCCUCGCCUCCUUACUCGACGGCGCUGCUCGCCCAUCCUUCUCCAAGCUCGUUCUCGUCUUCUCUGCCAGUGGUGGAGGAUUAGUGGCAUAUGCCGAUGCAAGGUCAGAUCCAGCUCCGGAUGAACUAUCUCAGGUGCCUCCCAAGAAGAAGGUGUUAGUGCUUGGAACUGGUUGGGCUGGCACGACUUUCUUGAGGAAUGUUGAUAGUUCCAUGUACGACGUGCAAGUGAUAUCUCCACGGAACUAUUUUGCGUUCACGCCUUUGCUGCCGAGCGUCACAUGUGGAACGGUUGAGCCCCGAAGCAUCGUCGAGCCCAUACGAAGAAUCAUAAAGAAUAAAGGUGGAGAAAUUAAAUUUUGGGAAGCUGAGUGCUUGAAGAUUGACCCGGAGAAAAAACAGGUUCUUUGUCAGACUGACAUUGGAACAAAUUUUGAAGGAAAUGGUGAAUUUGUUGUCAAUUAUGAUUACCUGGUUAUAGCAGUUGGGGCGAAGGUAAAUACCUUCAAUAUACCUGGCGUGGAGCAGCAUUGUUAUUUCUUGAAGGAAGUAGAGGAUGCCCAAAAGAUACGGAGAAGUGUGAUCAACUGUUUCGAAAAGGCUACACUUCCAUACCUUGAUGAAGAAGAGAGGGCAAGAAUUUUGCACUUUGUUGUUAUUGGUGGUGGCCCAUCUGGUGUUGAAUUUGCAGCAGAGUUGCAUGACUUCGUUACUGAAGAUUUGGCUAAAUUAUACCCAACAGUACAAAACCUAGUCAAUAUAACAGUUCUUGAAACUGCAGAACACAUAUUGACCAUGUUUGACAAAAGGAUCACUGAAUUUGCUGAAAAGAAGUUUCAAAGAGAUGGUAUUGAUCUGAAGACAGGAUUUAAGGUUGUAAAAGUGUCUGAUAAGGCUAUCACUACUGAAAAUGUAUCGCGUGGAGAGACUUCUAUACCAUAUGGAAUGGCGGUUUGGUCGGCUGGCAUUGGCCCCCGUCCUGUGAUAUUGGACUUCAUGAGAAAAAUUGGUCAGGGCAAUAGAAGGGCAGUAGCUACUGAUGAAUGGCUUAGAGUGCGUGGAUGUGAUGGUGUAUAUGCUGUUGGUGACUGUGCCACUAUGAGCCAAAGAAAAGUCAUGGAAGACAUCUUGGAAAUCUUUAGACUUGCCGAUAAAGAUAAUUCAGGAACUUUAACCGUGAAAGAAAUCAAAGAUGCUCUAGAAGAUAUUUACAUAAGGUAUCCCCAAGUUGAACUCUAUCUAAAAACCAAGCAAAUGAAAGACAUUCUUGAUUUGAUAAAGGCUUCGAAAGGUGAUGUUAAGAAGGAAGAUGUCGAAAUCACCAUAGAGGAGUUCAAAAAUGCUCUUGCUGAUGUUGAUUCCCAGGUCAAAAAUCUUCCUGCAACAGCUCAGGUUGCCGCACAACAAGGAAAUUAUCUUGCUAGAUGUUUUAACAAAAUGAAUGAUUCUGAAGAGAAACCUGAAGGUCCACGGCGGAUAAGAGAACCAGGCCGUCAUCGCUUUCGUCCCUUUAGAUACAGGCAUCUUGGGCAAUUUGCUCCUUUGGGAGGAGAACAAGCUGCUGCCCAACUCCCAGGAGAUUGGAUUUCCAUAGGACGAAGCACACAAUGGCUUUGGUACUCUGUAUAUGCAACCAAACAAGUGAGUUGGCGCACAAGAGCACUGGUAGUAUCUGACUGGACUAGGCGAUUCAUAUUUGGGAGGGACUCAAGUGGCAUAUAAUUCUGCAAGAAAAUAUAAACUUGUCUUCUCAUACAAUGGUUUUGGUGACUUUGUAAUAAAUCUUGAUGUAAUCCUCAUUCACGUUUACCGUGGAUAACUUUCUUUUUGACCAAAUAAAAUAUGCAUGAUUGUUUGUUCCUCGAGUAAAUUGUUCUUCAGCUA